AUGGCUCUUUCCCGCGGCCUCCUUGUGCUCUCGGCGGGCGUGAUGCAUGCCAUGGCCUGCGAGGGCAAAGUGUUCGACCAGGCGGCCUUCGAAGCGGGACUGCUUGGUGGCUCCAUUGGUGGCAUAGUCCUUGGCUUGCUGAUGGUGAUUUUUGCCUCGCUGCCCUUGUGCUGCGGUGUCAUUGCCGCCAUCGCCAUCAUUUUGGGACUCGCCUCCCUGAUCGUCCCGUUCUUGGGUUCCAUGGGCGCGUGUGGACCCUUCGUCGAUCACAUUUGCGACGACCUUUGUCCGGGAGAAAUCCAAUGCAGUCAGUCUGACAGAGACAACUUGACCACCACAUGCAAUGCCCUGGGAUUCUUGGUGGUUUACCUCGGAGCUUUUGGCUGGGCCGCAUGCGUGCUGGGCAUCGUCGCUGCCAGCCUGGGCUGCUGCGUCUGCUGUCAGUGCUGCAAGGCGAAGCUCGACGACGGGCCAAAGCAGGGCGGCCAGCCCACCGUGGUGGUUGGAGCCGUUCAGCAGGGAUGA